AUGACACUGAUGCAAAAUGCUCCCUAUAUCCGCCCGCACAUCAAAGAACUUGUACUCCUUUACGGCAUCCGUGCAGGCCCCAAGAACAGACCAUUCGUCCUCGAUAUCGACUACAAAGCUUUCUUCCGUGGCUUUCCCAACCUCGCAGUCAUACACUGUGGCGCAUCGCCUCUAGCGGACGUCCUCUCCUUCCUUCCAGGCAUGCCAGUCACGUCCCUUCGCGUCAGGGAGUGGGACGCUACUGCUUCGGAACUGCUAUCCUUCUUCGAAUCAUGCGCCACUACGAUCCGCUCCUUAUCGUUCAAGACCGUUUUCUUUCUACAUCCGCCAGCUAACCGGGAUAUGUUGCGUGUCAGCGUCGUCACCAUGAGCGCGCUGAAGGAGCUUGCCCUCUUUAAUUGUUCCAGAAGACUCCCACUCUACCCCAAGAUCGAAAUGCCGAACUUGGACGUGCUGUAUUGCGCGGAGUGGUGCAGCAGAUCUCGCGAGGAAUUCCCCGAUUCGUUGGUCACAUUGGCGGUGGACUGGGAUCUAGACCAACCCCUCGUUUCGUGCAGGCCGUUCAGCGUAGAAAAACUCUCCAUUAACUGGAACUUUACGUGGUCGUGGUUGAGCAGCAUCAUGCCUCUCGUCCGCAAACUUGCCAUCCCAUCCAAGCUUCAGCAUCUUGAAAUAUUGAUUUCCGAGAACGAAUACUGGCAUUUCCAUCUGGAUGACUUCGCAGCCAAUGACGACUUCGAGGCUGACAUAUUGGACCUCCACGAAAAUGGAUCCCUUCGCAGGGUUACCUUCACGCUUAAGAUGAAGGAUAGGAACGUUUGGGAGAGACACGUGGAAGACACGAUAGGCGACAAGUUUCGCGAGCUGAUACUCCUUGUGAAGAUGGAACAAUCUGAGAUCCAAAACGCGGUUGGCCCCAUGCUUCCCCCAGAAAUCGUUUCCUUGGUUCUCCAAGAAUUAGAUUACGACCUCGUUUCCCUGAGCAAUUGCUCAUUAGCAUCCAAGAUCUGGCGCGACCUGACGCUGCCUUUCCUUUUCCACCACCUCUGUCUACCAGAUGGGAAGACGUUUCAACGCGGCUUUCGUUUACUGGUCUCCAACGCUCCCCACAUCCGCCAGUAUGUCCAUGAGGUACUCAUUGGGAGGUCGAUCGCAGCACCAGGAUCCCAAUUUGACGAAGACUUGCAGCUGGAAAUCGACCAGAAGCGACUGGAAGCUUUUUUUCUCGUGCUCCCCAGGUUGAAGGUUCUGCAUUGUUGCCUCGAUAGUCAUCUUGCCAUCCCUUUGGCUUCCGUUCAAUCCUCAAUCACUACACUCUACAUUCGUGGAAAUAGCCACCCUCGAAGCGAGCUACUGAGACUUCUACGGGUAGCAGCAGGAACGCUCCGCCAUUUGACGCUCCGAGACAUGUCCUUUCGUCGAAACACCGCGUCCUGCAACGUUCCGCCCCCAGGAAGCAUGCUCGCACUUGAACAGCUCUUUCUCUAUCGGUGCCGAAAUCUCCCCUUCUUUCCAACCACGAUCCAGAUGCCGAAUUUGACAACUUUGAGUCUGGAUGAUUGCGAUAAGUCAAUCUUCGCUUGCGUCCCUGCUUCGCUGGAGACUUUGCUUAUUCAGGGAGUAUCAAUCUGCUCUAGCAAAUCACUACCUAAUGACAAACUACUCCGCGUCGACAAUGUUGCUAUCUGGUGUUACCCCGUCAAUCGGCUUGUUCAGCGUAUGAUUCAUAAACUGUGCAUCCCUUCCAAGAUCAAGCAACUCGAAAUUGUACUAGUUGAUCAUGACAUUGUCGGUGACGAUGGUCUCGCCAAUCUCGCCUCCAUGCGAGACAAGGGCUUUGAAGACGACAUCCUGUCUCUGCAUCAAACUGAUUCGCUCGAACGGCUCAUUGUGACAACUGAACUCUGCUCGGAAGGGGUUCGCUCUGAGUUCCCCAAGCUGUCGAGUCUCGGCAUACUACAUGUUCAAUCAGUAUACUCGUCGCUGCUUUCGCCUCAGUGUCGCCGACUCGCGAAGAUCAGGGAAGGGACAUGGGCUUGGACCUCUGAGUAG